GUCUCCCUCUUCUACUGUCGGAACUGACCCUCAUGGGCUCGUUUCUAAUUCAACACUGUCUCCGCCGAGAAUGCUUGGGGAGGCCGCCAUUUUGAAAUACAAAUCGUUCACAGUACACCCGCCCCAAAACCUGGAACUAUGCCGCGGGGCCGACCUCGCAAACAGAGGAACAAAAUCAACGCCGAAACAGAUGGACAACAAGAGCCAAAUGCAGAAAACUCUGGUUACAGCAACGCAGAGCCCAAAGACUUCAAGUGUUUGGUGUGCUCUAAGACUUUCACUAAAGAUAGCCUGCUACAGCGCCAUCUGCGGGAUCAUGGGCAAAAUGACAAGCCGCACCGGUGUGACCUGUGUCCAAAGUCUUUCAACGUGGAAUUCAACAUGACCCUCCACAGGUCCACACACGCUUCAGUGGACCCCACCUGUCCAGUGUGUCACAAGAAGUUUUCAAGAGUGGCCAGUCUGAAAGCUCACAUCAUGCUGCAUGAAAAAGAGGAGAAUCUCAUCUGCUCAGAGUGUGGGGACGAGUUCAUACUGCAGAGCCAACUGUCCAUGCACUUGGAAGACCACAGAAAGGAGUUGUCAGGAAGUAAGGCCUACGACUGCAAACUGUGCCACAAGGAGUUUAAGCUGUCUUCCCUUCUAAAGGAACACAUGAAAUCGCAUUACAAGAUGAGGCCAAUUAUCGGGAGUACCAGAAAUUACAAGAGAAGCAUUGAUAGGAGUGGGUUCACAAACAGAUGCCAGCACUGUGGAAAGACAUUCAAAAAACCUAGUCAGCUUGUGCGUCACAUUAGGAUACAUACAGGUGAAAGGCCAUAUAAAUGCUCACACUGUGGGAAAGCUUUUAACCAGAAGGUGGUGCUGCAGACCCAUAUGAUUCGGCACACAGGAGAAAAACCCCACUUCUGCAGUUUCUGCCCAGCAUCAUUUUCACAGAAGGGAAACCUUCAUUCUCACAUACAAAGGGUCCAUUCAGAGUUAAAGGGAGUUCCAUUGUUCCGAUGCUGUGAUUGUAGCUGUGUGUUCAAGAAACUUGGCAGCCUAAAUGCACACAUAAGCAAAAUGCACAUCUCCCUCAUAGACCCUCCACAAAAUUGUCAGCAACCGCAAGAUGGGGCGGUCACUGGGCACCUGGCUCCUGGUGUGGAGGGUUCUGAAGCAGUGACAGACGUCAUCCAGCAGCUGCUCGAGCUGUCAGAGCAGGUGACAGGGGAGAACACUCAGGCUCAGCAACCUGUGCAGUCCAUUAGCAUGGAGGCCGGGAUUAAUCAGGACAUCCUACAGCAAGCUUUGGAGAACAGUGGUCUGAGUGCUAUACCAGUACAGUCCCAUCCCCAAAACAGCACUGGGGCAAGAACUCUGGGGUCCCAGAGCCAAUCCCAGGAUGCUCCCACCUUCCCAGUACCAGCUGACCAGCUGGACCCAGACAAAGAAUCCAGCUCAGAGAAAGUCACUAGGAAAGAGAGGAAAGGGGUUUAUAAAAAGCCCAUGCAAAUGCCAGGUUCUAUCCGAGAGGAAAACGGCAUCCGGUGGCACGUGUGUCCUUACUGUGCCAAAGAAUUUAAGAAGCCCAGUGACCUGGUGCGUCACAUCCGCAUCCACACACAUGAGAAGCCAUUCAAGUGCAAGCAGUGCUUCCGUGCCUUCGCAGUCAAGAGCACCCUCACAGCUCACAUGAAGACACACACUGGCAUUAAAGCUUUUAAGUGCCAAUUCUGCAUGAAGUGCUUUUCCACGUCGGGGAGCAUGAAGGUCCACAUGCGCCUGCAUACAGGUGUGAGACCAUUCCCAUGUCCCCACUGCGAGAAGAUUUUCCGUACCUCAGGGCACAGGAAAACCCACAUUGCUUCCCACUUUAAGAAUAUGCAGGCGAAGAAACAGAAAUACCCUCGGAAGCCUCAGAAAGUACGAGUGGUGAAGAACAAUCUCCCCUUACCAGAUGUUCCUCUUCAGGAACCCAUCCUCAUCACUGACUUAGGUCUUCUACAAAACCAAAACCCUCGUAACCAUUUUACAUUACCGUAUUAUUCAAACAUAGUUGACAGUGAAAGGCCUUAUAAAUGCCCUUAUUGCAACAAAGCAUACAAGAAAUCCAGUCAUCUCAAGCAACAUGUCAGAUCCCAUACAGGAGAACGGCCAUUUAAAUGUCUCCAGUGCAGUAAAGGAUUUGCAUCUUCAGGGGUGCUUAAAGCUCACAUUCGAACACAUUCCGGACUCAAGGCCUAUAAAUGUUUGAUUUGUGACAGCACUUUCACCACCAGUGGCAGCUUAAGGCGUCACAUGGCAACCCACAGUGACCUACGACCCUACAUGUGUCCUUACUGUCAAAAGACUUUUAAAUCCUCCCCAAAUUGUAGAAAACACAUGAAAACACAUAGGUAUGAACUUGCGCAACAGCUCCAGCAGCAGCAGCAGCAGACCUCCCUGGACGACUCCAUGGGGCAGCAGGCUGUCACUUCUGAGAUGCAGGUUGAGAUCGAGGGGGAUGAACUGCAUCAGCCGACUUCUGUCAGUACUGAGCAGCAGGCGAUGCUAGGCCUGAGUCAGCAGCAAGUAGUUGGUGUCCAACAAGCUGAGCUGGAACAGCAGCUUAAUGAUCAACCACUGGUGCAGGAUGAAGAUACCUUUGUGACACCCCAGCAUGCUCUUCCACAGAAUAUGAGCCAGUUUGAACAGCAGGCCAUAACCCAGCAAGCCUUUGACCAGCAAGGACUAACACAAGGUUUUACAAUAACUGAUGGCUAUAAUCAGCAAUCACAGUUUUCAACAGUACAGCAGUUACAGGACUCAAGCACACUGGAAUCCCAGGCCCUGUCUUCCAGUUUCCAUCAACAGAAUUUGCUUCAUGUGUCCAGUGCUGAGGUGACGAGUCGCCUUCUUCAAGAGCCAUCCCAGAGUGACCUUCAUCUCCAGACAGAACGGACAGACUUCCAGGAGGAAAGCGAUGAAAACAGCCGACGUGCAUACAGAUGCAUGUAUUGCAACAAAGGUUUCAAGAAGUCCAGCCACUUAAAGCAGCACGUUCGCUCACACACAGGAGAAAAACCCUUCAAAUGUAACUUGUGUGGUCGAAGCUUUGUUUCCGCUGGAGUGUUGAAAUCACACUUAAAGACACAUACAGGUGUCAAGGCUUUCAAGUGUAAUGUAUGUGAUGCUUCCUUCACCACCAAUGGCAGCCUUAAUAGGCACAUGAUAAUACAUAUGAAUAUGAAACCCUACAAGUGCCAAAUUUGUGAGGAGACCUUUCGGACAAUGCUUCUGUGCAGAAAGCACAUGAAGAAGGAUCAUUUUAUAGGAACAAGGGUAAUGCCUUUAGAAGAAGAUGACAAUUCAGAAAGAGCUCUGCUUAGAAAGAAUCGAACAGGGAUCGUCACUUUCACAGAGGAGCAGGCAGCUGAACUUGCCAAGAACGAGCCUCGAGAAGAUGCCACCGUUUCCGAAAAGGUCCUGGCCCAGUCGGCAGCUGAGAGGGGCCGCAUUAGUGAGAUAAAAGACAAAGCUGUUGAACUGGAAACCGAGCCCAAGCAUGCCAACCUGUGUAACUUCUGUCCAAAGAGCUUUAAAAAGCCCAGUGAUCUGGUGAGACACAUUCGUAUACACACUGGUGAAAAGCCCUUUAAAUGUGAUGAAUGUGGGAAACGAUUUACAGUAAAAUCCACUCUGGACUGUCAUGUCAAGACACACACAGGUCAGAAGCUCUUUAAUUGCCACAUGUGCAACACAUCUUUCUCAACAAAGGGCAGUUUGAAAGUGCACAUGCGACUGCACACAGGCUCCAAGCCGUUCAAGUGCCCCUUCUGUGAAUUGCGUUUCCGAACAUCUGGCCACAGAAAGACCCACAUACAAUGUCAUUACAAGCCAACAUCAGAGGCCAAGAAGAAUAAAAAACCUUGUGACCGCCAGAGCACAGAAGCUCUCCCACCAGUCAACCUGCUUAACACCUCACCCGGUGACCCCAAUGUCUACAUCACCAACAACUCUGUCCUCACGAGCCAAUUUGAGCAGAACCUGCUACAACAAGGGCUUGUUGGACAAGCCAUUCUUCCAGCUUCUAUGUCAGCAGGGGGUGAUCUCACUGUGUCUCUUACGGAAGCUGGCUUAGCCACACUAGAGGGUAUACAGCUACAGCUUUCUGCCACUAACCUAGUGGGACCAAAUGUCCAGAUCUCAGGCAUUGACACCACCAAUAUUAACAACAUAACACUCCAGAUAGAUCCAAGUAUUUUGCAACAGACCCUGCAGCAAGGCAGUAUCCUGACCCACCACCUAACAGGAGACUCCAGCCAUACCCAGCAAGCUGGCGGCCAUCUCCAAACAGGGGAUUCCACAGUGCCUGCUAAUGUGGUGAUCCAGCCACUCUCGGGUCUUUCCUUGCAGCCAAAUGUGGGAUCAGCCAAUAUUACCAUAGGAACUCUGACAGAACAAGACUCUGUUCUGACUACAAGUAACAGCGGUACACAGGAUCUCACACAGGUCAUGACUUCGCAGGGUAUGGUGACAUCUUCCAACAACCAGCAUGAGAUUACAUUAACAAUCAAUAACUCCAGUCUCAGUCAAGUCCUUGCACAAGCAACUGGCUCCAACUCCACUAAUUCAUCAACGACUUCACAAGAGAUUACACUGACCAUUUCAGGUCAAGAUAUCAUCCAUCAACACAACAGUUCUGGAAGUGCUGAGUUGAAUGGGAGCAUUAGGUUGACAGCACCUAUGAAUAACCAACCUAAUGGAGCAACUUUGACAAUAGGCAAUGACCAGCUUCUAUCUCAGAGUCCAACCAGUGCUGGAAUUAUAGCUAAUAGCCUUCCACCUACAGCAUCACUUUCCCAACCUCCAGUGGCAUCUCAGAACCUUGUAAUGUCUUCCGCUGGAAUGGGAAGUGAUGGCACUGUUACACUGACGCUGGCAGACACCCAGAGCAUGCUGUCUGGAAGCCUCGACACAGUGACACUAAACAUUGCUCCGCAGGGGCAGCAAUUCCCUGCAAUUAUUGGGGAUUCAAGUCUUCAAGGGCAACCCACAACUGCUCCACAGCAAGUAAUACUGGUAAGCCAUCCGACCCAUGGUACCGCUGGAACUCUAGAUGACACAAAUGUCUAUCGGGUCACAGAGGUUACCAGGGACCUCACGAAGGACAGUGAAGUUGAACAGUCUGGCCAGCUGAACCAGUGCUUCUACUGUAACCAGGUGUUUCUAACAGGCAUCAUGCUGAGACGCCACUGCGAGCAGGCCCAUGGAAAAGAGAGGUGCCAUGUGUGUCGAAUCUGCAACAAAGCUUUCAAAAGGGCUACACAUCUCAAGGAGCAUGAACAUAUUCACCAGGAUGGACCCUCACUCAGCUCCCAGAGACCCAAGAUUUUCAAAUGUCCCUACUGCGAAAAGGCGUUUGCUAAACCCAGCCAACUGGAGAGGCACAACCGGACUCACACAGGUGAACGGCCAUUUCAGUGUCCUCAGUGUGAUAAAGCCUUUAACCAGAAGAGUGCGCUUCAGGUGCAUAUGGUCAAACAUACAGGGGAGAAGCCAUACAAAUGUGAAAUCUGUGGUAUUGGGUUCACUCAGAAGAGCAAUAUGAAGCUACACAUGAAAAGGUCUCAUGGAUAUUCUGGUGAGUGCAGUGGACAAGAAAUUACAAUAGAUCAGGAACAAGAAGAGGAAGGUGACAGUCGUGCGCUGGACUUGGAGGAUGUGGUCCAGGAUUCUUCAAAUGAAUGGCAGUGUGGGAUAGCAAAUGUGUUUCGAUAGUUUCCUGGCAAAGCCAAACUUACAUUGUUAGAGGAAAACACAAAACACAUACAUUUACAAAAUAAUGAAAUUCUGAAAAUACAUGCAACUGUCCACUUAUUUUAAAGUAUUAUAUAAAAGUGACUUGUUAGGUGAUUCAAGAAGGAUGUAUAGCCUACGAAUUUUAAUCAUAAGGUGGUUGAUAAUAUUUUCUGGCAGCAGUCAUGGAAGUCUUGGUGAGUCUUGGUGGAUUUACAUAUAUAUGUGUAAAUCCACAAAAAAAAAACUGCAAAUAGAAAAAGAGAUCAGAAUAAAUAAAAUCUCGUUGUAUCCAGUAAUAAUACAACUGUGUGUUUGCUGUACCCGUGACGUCUUGUGUAAUUGUGUUUCCAACCUGCUCUAAAUAUUAUGGAAAUUUAAGAUUUUAUUUUUGUUUGUGCUGAAUUGAGCAAACAAGCUAUAUCUUUCCAACAUACUAAUUUGUACUAAUCUAUGCCAUUAAAAUCCAAGCACUGGAUGUCAUUCUUACUAUCUUUUGCAGCUUAAAGGAAUGCUUUAUAGCCUCUGAAUUUGCAUACUAUUAGUUUUGUAUCCAUGAUACUGUACGUGUGCUAAAUAAUAUACAGCUUUUUCUGCCUAUAUAUUGGGUAUGUUUAAUAAAGUCACCAACAUGUUAAUCUUUUUAAGGAAUGCCUUGAAGAGGCCAGUAUAAAAAGGACCAGUAAUUUUUCAUCCUCCUGAAACAGUGGGUGUGUUAAGAUUUGCAGUGGAAAAUCUCUGACACACUGCGACAGCUUCCUAAUAUACUGGCCUAAUUACAGAAAUAACAUCCAGGUGACUUUAUACAACAUGCCAAAUAUCCAUGAGCAGUGAAACAACCACUUAUAGACAGAUAUUACAUUAAACAUUAGCAAAUUCAAAGCUGUAUAGCCUAGUAUUUUUUAAAUAAUUUCUUUUAAUGAACCCAUCAGAUGCCUAAUUCUGGGAUAUGUUAUUGGUCUUUGUCCCAGUAUGUAUUUUUUAUUUUUGUUUUCAUUUGCAAGUUAUUUGUAUUGUUUUAGAUGUACUUGUGUGAUAGCAAAACCCAAUACAGCUUUACUGUAAAAACAUACUGUAACCUCUAAAAAAAGUGUGAUAUACAAAACACUUUAUUUUAAUGUAAAUAUUGUACAGUUUGGAUAUGUAUUUCAGAAAUUGUUUACAGGACAGUGUUGGGAAUGGCAUUUAAACUGAUGUUUUCUUUAUUUAAACACUUGCUGUCUGUGUACAUUACAUAAGGUGUAUAGUUUGUGACAAGACGUUAUUUUGUUAUGUUAAAGUAUUAACGUGAAAAUAAAUUCUGUACUUUUUACAAAACUCA